AUGGACCUUAACAUCAAAGAGAUUGACGGACAAAGUAGAUCUCUACUAAUUACUCGUAAUGUACUACUAGAAGAUACAAACAAAGAUAGAUGUUAUUUUCAGUAUGGAAUGAUAUCAACAAUAUUAUUAUUAAAGAUAAUCAAUCUCAUCGAUGAUAACUUGGAUCUUAUAUGUCUAUUGAUGACAUGUCGAUCAUUUUAUAGAGACUUUAUAGAAAAGUUUAAACCUACUCUACCAUUCAAACAUAUCCCAAUCAUCAAUGAUCCACCAUCCUCCUCUUCUUCAUUCUCUUCCUUGUCUAAAUGGAUACAUUUAAAUAAUAUGGAGCACAUAACCAAGAAAUGUUGUUAUCCAAUGAAACGAUUUGAAUCAUUAUUUCAAAAUGCACUGGCCAAUCAAAUGAUUCAAGAUGAUUGGAAUGUCUCUAUUAACAGCAACACUACUCCCAUUUCUAAUGUACCCAUCACAAAGAACCUUACAACACUUCAUGUUGAUUGCCUCACAUCAAUUGACAAGUAUUUUCAAUUCCCACCUACAUUGACCAACCUCUCCAUCGAAUACAUCCAAUCUCCAGACGGUCUCCCGCUCAUCUUUCCAUCAUCAUUGGUAUCACUUUCUGUUUAUUCAUCGACUCUAUUAUCUCUAGACAAUCUAUUGUCUCUAGAGACACUAGAGAUAAAGGGUGGUUACAACAACACUCCAGUCAUCAAGAAUCUUCUCAAACUAAAACAUCUCAAAUGUAAAGUCCGGUACCUCACAACUGAUUUACCAUCAUCAUUGGAAUCUUUAAAAUUAUCAGAAACCUCAAAUAUAGUAGAUUCAAAGUAUGGAGCUUUACCCAGUGGUUUAAAGAAAAUUAAAAUCAUAUACUAUUCAAUUAAAUAUUUAACAAUCCUAGAUGAAAGUGAUUGUUUUGACAUUGAAACACCAAUUAGACUACCAAGGAAUUUGAUAUCAUUAAAAUCAAAUUGUAAUUUAAAUCUUCAACUUUCAUUACCACCAACACUCACUAAAUUAUGUGUACCUAGAUUCACAGGAAUUACCUCUAUUCCAUCUUCAAUUCGAUUUUUAAGAACAAGUACAAUCUCUGAACCACAAAAUGGACAAUGUAUUGAAAGGUUUAGUGACAAUACCGAGCAUAGCCUUAUUCUACCAUCAAAUAUAGAUAGAUUAGAUUUGGAUUUAGAUUUAUUUGAACCUCUUCGAAUUGAUGAUAUCCUAUUUCAAACAAAUAUCACUCGGCUCAACAUUUACAGAUUCAACAAGGAAAAGAUUCCAUUUCAAUUCCAAAUUAGAAGAUUAUCAAAAGAUACAAGUAUCAUGAUUGAGAGUAAAACUUCAUUUGGUGGAUUCAUUCAAUUUAAACAAUCUAGAAAUCAUAUUUUAUCAUUAGAAUCUUGUCUCUUAACAAUCAAAUCAUAUGAUUAUGAAAACUAA